ACGCAACUCCUCUAGACGCUAACGUUAUCGACACAUCCGGGUAAACUUGGUUGAACAAACCGGUGCGGUGCUGUUGUCCCUGGAAAAAAAUAUCUUUUCAAGUUUUAAUCUUACAUUACAUCGCUAACACACAAGGCUGGGUGUCUACAACAAGCCGAGGACAUGGAGACUGCUGUGAUUAAUCUUCACAGUGUUUUUGAAAGCCUGCGGGCACAAGCUGAUGUUCUCAAUGAAAGCAUCGAACCCCAGUUCAUUCAGAUGGCCCUAAACUUUGAGGACAGCCGUCGUAAAUGGCUGAGACUUGAGCGUGAGCUGAAUGCAUGUAAGGAGGUGCUCACCAAGGCCGAGACGGAGCGAGGAGCGCUGGAGGUCAAGCUCAAACAUGCCCGCAACCAAGUGGAUGUGGAGAUCCGUCGGCGACAGAAAGCUGAGGCUGACUGUGCAAAACUGGACCGUCAGAUCCAGCUCAUCCGGGAGCUGUUGGUGACUGAAGGCUCCAGUAACAGCAUCCAGUUAAAUGAGGAGCAGCGCUCAGCUCUGGCCUUUCUGAAUGCCCGUUCCCAGAAUCCCACAAACCUCAAUACUAGCCGACGACUGACCACCAUUGAUGAAUCGGCAUCUAUCUUGUCAGACAUCAGCUAUGAUAAAACUGAUGAUUCUUUGGACUGGGACUCCUCUGCAAUCAGGACCGUUCGUCUCAAGAAACGACAAAAGAGACGCUCCUCACGAAACCACACAGAAGGCCCUCCUGCUGGUGCCAAGAGGUCCCGUUCGACCGGCCGCACCUCUGAGAAAGGUAAUGAGUCUCUGGUGGCUAAGACCACCGUGACGGUGCCCGCUGGUGGUGGACCCAUUGAGGCUGUCACAACAGUGGAGGCUGUUCCCUACUGGACCAGGAGCCGCCGAAAGACUGCUGCUGUGGAGUGGGACACUGCUGACACCGACUCAGUUCAGUCUAUGGAUGUGUUCAAGCAGCCCAGUCAUCCCAAUGGAGAGAGCAAGGCAGAGCCCAGCACUCCCCAGGGCAGUGGAGGUGUCCGUCUGCAUGAGUUUGUCUCCAAAACGGUGAUCAAGCCAGAGUCUUGUGUGCCAUGUGGUAAGAGGAUCAAAUUUGGGAAGCUCUCUCUGAAGUGCAGGGACUGCCGUGUGGUGGCCCACCCCGAAUGCCGCGAGCGCUGCCCUCUGCCCUGCAUUCCAUCCAUGACUGGGACUCCAGUCAAAAGUGGAGAGGGAACCCUCGCAAGCUAUGUGUCCUCCACCUCUCCCAUGAUCCCUUCACUGGUGGUGCACUGCGUCAAUGAGAUUGAGCAGAGAGGCCUACGUGAGACUGGUCUGUACCGGGUGUCUGGCUCUGAUCGAGUGGUCAAGGACCUGAAAGAGAAGUUCCUGCGUGGGAAAACUGUUCCCCUGCUCAGCAAGGUGGACGACAUCCAUGCCAUCACUGGCCUCCUCAAGGACUUCUUGAGGAACCUCAAAGAGCCCCUGCUAACCUUCCGCCUCAACCGUGCCUUCAUGGAUGCUGCUGAGCUGUCUGAUGAUGACAACAGCAUUGCCUUGAUAUAUCAGAACAUCAGUGAUCUUCCACAGCCCAACAGAGACACUCUGGCCUUCCUCAUCAUUCAUUUGCAGAGGGUGGCCCAGAGCACAGAUACAAAGAUGGACAGCACUAAUCUGGCUCGUGUAUUUGGACCCACGAUUGUGGGUCAUGCCGUGCCCGACCCAGAUCCAAUGACCAUCCUGCAGGACACAAAACGACAGCCAAAAGUGGUUGAGCGUCUCCUCGGAGUUCCUGUGGAGUACUGGAGUCAGUUUAUGAACAGCGACGACCAAGCUCACAACGAUCACAUGAUCAUUGAGAACGCCAAUGUCCACGCAACUCCUGAUCAGAAAACAAGUAUGUUCGGGCCCAUUACGACUCCUGACCAGCAGAUGAGCAAGACCCCAUCGUCCAGCUCUCUCUCCCAACGCAUGAAGAACGCAACUCUCAACGCAAUCACUCCAAAGUUUGCUAGCAGGAGCAGAGCUCCAGUCAGCGUCCCUCGCCAAGGGCACUUCUUCGCCUCUCCUCUCCUGAAGUAGCCCAGCUCUUCAUGGCUAAGAGUUUUCUUUUCUUUGGGAAAUAGCUGCAAUAUAUUACAUUGUCCUUGCAUAUUUUAUCUCUUUGGCAUCUGCAAACCAUUUUAACACUACUCCUCUUUUUCUGUUUAGUUUUCUAGUAACAUUUGUAUUUUAGUCACUUUUUAAAUGUUUUAAUGUACUAUUAACAUCCUCACAACCAAAGUGAUGGGCUGAUAUAAGCACUUCCAUCAGUCACUGAAUCCUCAUACAAUAACAGAAUCUGCAUCAGUUUGGGAGUUCUUUAUCAAGAAACCUAAACUUGAUUGUAGCAUCUAGAACAAAAAGGUUACGCUUUAUGCAAGAUUUGUAUAGCGUAAUCUGCAACUAACCAUGUUUGUAUAUUCUAAUUUUAUGCUUUACAUGGAACGACAAGCAAAAUCUCAGUCUCUUGGAGGGUUCAAGGAUGUAAUGACUAUCAGGUUUUUCUAUAAAGAGUGUAAACUGUGUUUUUAAACACGGUCAAGCUUAAAUUUCACAGCCAGUAGGUAUAAUACAAAAUUUGUGUUAAAAUGAUGCUGCUGGCGAUGUUUUGAAUUUGUUUAAACAAACUAUUUGUGGUGUUUGAGAUACACUGGACCCUCUUAGGGUUUCAGGACAACAAGAACAUUUUGAGAUGCAAUUUACAUGCAAAAACUCUGUUGUUGUGAUUGGGCAUUUUAUGUCUUUUAGCUUCGUAAUUGUUUUUUAUCAUAAAUGUACAUGGCCAGAAUUCAUUCAGAUUUUAUCCACGGCAUUGAUUUAUGUCUAUAUGCAGUUCAUCCGCAAUUUAUUGAAUUUUAUAACGUAUUUAAAGUAGAAACAAAAAAGAUGACCUCUGGGAGAAUUGACUGAUUUUGAAGGAUCAAAUGUACCUCAUCCAAUUCAUAAGAUUUAUACUGAUUGGAUGAUUUUCACUGUAUAUAAUUAGUCAUUUUCCUUUCAGUGGUGCAGUGUUUCUGGAGCAGCACUGACCUGUCAAGUUUUCAUUGUUUAAAAAGAGCAACUGUUUACUAUGUUGAACAUUGGAGUUGAUUAUCAAUUCUAGUUGCUUUCUAAUUUGAGUGGUGUGACAUUUUGUAAAACUUGUGCUGUUUGUAAAAUACAUUCAUUUAUUGCAA